CUGGUUCGCUCUUUCUACUUCUUCCUCAUCAGUCAUCAAUAGCAAGACACGACUUCAAAAAGGCAGCAACUCGAAAUCAAAAACCUCCUAAAACUCAAAAUCAACCGCGGAGAUACAAUGUUCGGCGUCGUCUUCCCUAAUCGGAGUUUCCCUAUCGACAUCUCAACCUUUGUCCAAAUCGAUACCUUUCACUGGGUUCUCGACAUGAACCACUUCGUCGGCGAAGCAUACGAUCAAAUCGGAGAGAUGUGUAUCUUCCUACUGAACAACUUCACUCUCCCACCGGAUAAAGCAUUAGCCGUCUACGUCCAAUCUCCGGGAUCCAGUUUUGUCUUCUGCGGCGCCGUAACCCUAAAUCGACCCUCGGCGGUUCUCUCGUUACAGUGGCCGGAGGCGGGAAGUGCGGCUCAGAUGCAGCUCACGGCGGGGGAUUCGACUCCGAUUUCGGCGAAAAUCGGAAUCUCUGUGGAGGAUGUGGCGGCGCUUCAGUCGAUGGAUGUAGCGGCGGGGAGAAGAAUCGAGAGAUUAGCUUUGAAAGUUGGGGAGAACCUGUUCAAUUUCAUGCAGUCGUUUUGCGGCGUCGACGGCAGUAAAUUGGUUGUUCCGAUGGAUAUUUUGGAUCGGUGGUUUAAGAAGUUUCAGGAGAAAGCUAAACGUGAUCCUGAUUUUCUCAAAAGUUUCGCUUUGUAAUACUUCUAACUUCAAGGUUAGGUUUUGUAUCUUUGAUCUUGUUUUUAACUUGGAACUUACUGGGAAAGCUAGCUUCACUACAUUAUAAUGGCGGUUUUUCCCAAUUUGAUCUUGUGUUCUCUGUUCUGUAUGAUGAAUUGAAGAAGAGAUUGCCAAUGAGAAAAUAUCUGCUUUCGGUGUUCUUCUUGCUUGCCUAUGAAUCACAAAUCCAUUAACUUGAUGCUGUUUCCGAUCUUGUGCGUAGUAGUGAGAAAACAUCUUGUAAUGUCCAUAAGCACUUUGCUGUUAGCAAUUGAAAGUGUUAAGAGUUUGUCAAUCACUGGGAAGCUUUCACUUAACUACUAUGGUGGUUCGGUAUAACAAAUAUAUCAAGAAGGCAUUGUAGUUUCCUUUGUUUGCCAAUGAGAGAAAAUGUGAAGGAUGUGAAUGUUUUUCUUUCAAUAUUCUUCUUGGUUGCAUAUGAAUCACAGUUUCAGCUGUUUCAGAUAUGGUCAUGUACAUAAGCUCAGACUCUGCUCUUCAGCAAUUUACAGUGUUGAAUUUUAUCUUAUUGCCUUAGGGUAGAUGAAAAGUGAAGCUUGACCCAGCUUGUGUCUCAGGAUUGAAUCUUUGAUUAUUAGUGGUGUUCUUUUGAUGUGUCCA